UAUUAUUUAUUUAGCAAGCUAGAAGCUAAAGUUUCAUGUUUCUAACUCACGACCAGCCCACUGCCGGUACCAUCAGAAGAGCAACAGGCUCUGCUCAGACGGAGAGGGAAGGAAGCAGAAAAUCAGGAGAGUGGUGUGAGAAAGGGACUCUGCUCUCAACCUCCAGCAGCGAGGCGGAAAAGACAGAGUGUGAAGGCGACACACAGAGCAUCAUUAAGGUCCCGCACACACGCACACACUUUCAAACUAACGGGCUAAUGAGGCUCUUUCCCCUGACCCAACCCCAAACACCACUAUGCCCCACCCGCUGCCUCCCCUAUUGUUAAACUAGCCAGAAUGUAAAUGAGGACACACCCAACUGAAAGGGGCGGCCCCAGGCCUGUAUAAAAGCACUCAGCCAAGCUGUACCCAGUCACACUGCCCCACAGAGCCCGUCUGCCCCAGGGACACACACAUGUACGCACGUCCGGACCUGCUCCAUCUGCCUGGGGACACCGCACUGCCCGCCCUGCCUCUCCUGCCUUCUCUGAGCUGCCGUUUGAUUGGAUGAUGCCCGUUGCCUUGCCGCUAGUCCCUGCACGCCCCCUGCGCUUGCCCGUGCUCCUGCUGCUGGCGCUGCUGCUGUGCCCGGGGCCAGGCUCAGGGCUGGGCGAGGGUGCGCCCGGCGGGCACUGGGAGCUGCGGAGCUCCUCUCGCUGCCUGCCCAUCCCUCCCACCAUGGCGCUGUGCCACGACAUCGGCUACUCCACCAUGCGCAUGCCCAACCUGCUGGGCCACGAGUCCCCGGGAGAGGCAGUGCAGCAGUCCGCCAGCUGGCUGCCCCUGCUGGCCCGGGAGUGCCACCCCGACGCCCGGAUCUUCCUCUGCUCACUCUUUGCACCCAUCUGCCUGGACAGGUUCAUCUCCCCGUGCCGGAGCCUGUGCGAGUCGGUGCGGGACAGCUGUGCUCCUAUAAUGGCGUGCUAUGGGUACCCCUGGCCUGCCAUUCUCAGCUGCGACCAGUUCCCUGCUGACCACCUGGUGUGCAUCUCUUCGGUUUCCAACAACACGGUCAACAACGCCGGCAGCCGCAAAGCUGUACCUCGAGCAAGCUGUCGAGACUGUGAACUGGAAGAAGCAAAGUCUGCAAAGGAUGUGCUGGAAACCUUCUGCAGGAAUGACUUUGUGAUGAAACUGCGCCUGUCGCGGCUCAACUCCAGCACCGUGGGCCUGGCCCGGUUCUCCCUGGCCAAUAAGGUGGAGGUGCUGAAGCACGGCCCACUGCUGGGGGGUCAGAUCCGCGCCCGCCUGCAGCUGUGGCUGGACCGCGACGCCACCUGCGUGCACAACAUGACGCGCCGCCAGCCCCACGGCGGCGCCUACCUGGUGACGGGCAACGUGCAGGGCGAGCGCCUGGUGGUGGUCAAGGCCUACAGCUGGCACAAGCGCGAACGCAACCUAACGACUGCCGCGCGCAAGUGGAAACGGCACCGGUGCAGAGGGUAGCGCUGAGAGCAACAGGGAGGGAGCACAGCUGGGCUGGGCAGUGCACUAGCACGUCUUGGUUAGGCGGCCUUAGCUCGUCUGCCUCCAAUGGCACACACAGUCACUGCUGGGCGGAAAAUACCCCACACCCAUUUGCCCCUCAAAUCAUGUACUGCGACAUACAGCCCACAUACAUACACACAAGCAAUAACAGCAUAUUUCUGCAGUGCACCAGGUUCACAAGAAUGUCAAACAAUGGGACUCUGUUAUCUACCUUCAAAUGAGUUAGGGCUUAGCAUCUUCAACAAAUGUCUUACAUAAAAGGGUGUCACUGGUCCACAAUGUCGAAAAGAACAACAAAUGGGCUGACAUUUUUUCAGUCCUCCUCUCCACUGAUUGUGAUUUUAAAGUGCCAUUUCACAGUCCAGAUCAAAUCAUGUUCCAAAUCAAAACUUUCAAGAUACCCUCUCUAAAGAGAAAAUGUACUCCGUUCAUUGUAUAUGUAUAUAUAUGUAAAUUACUGUACUAUAUUUGUAAUGAAAUUAAAUUUAACGCAAUGACAAUGUAUUUUAAUUUCUACUGUGAAUGAGAGUUUUCCCAUGACAACAAACACCCUGCUGAAAAACUAUUGACAAUACGCUGCUGACAAUAUUUUGUGGAUGAAAAGUGGCAACAGACAUACCAGACAUUCACUUAUCCUCCGUACAGCCCUCCACCCACUCACCCUGAGUUAC